AUGUAAGUGAUAAAAAAUUCUUAGUUGGAUUUAUUAAUCCCUAAAAUUGGUAAUCCAAAUAACUAUAAGUUAUCAAGAAUUGAUGAAGAGAUAGCAGAUGAAAAUGAGGAUGAAUACUAUAUAAGAAAUAUCAUCAGGAUUAUAAAAAAGGUUUUAAUAAAGGGAAAAAUGAUAUUGUUUAAAAGAAGUCUCAUUAUUGCUUAUGCUAUAGACUAAUGGUUUGAAGAUGCAGUGAAAAAACAAUUGCAAAGACAAAAGAAAAUAUUUUGUUGCUCUAAUAAAGAUAUGUAAUAAGCUGUAAUUUUUUUUGGAAUAUCUAAAAAUGUAUUUAAAGUUUUUAGAGGAAAAACUGAAGGAAAAAGAAUGGGUUAUAAAGCGCAAAAUAUCAUUCUAACAUAUUCAAUCAGAGAAAGAGUUUUUUUUAGACCUGAUAAAGAAUGA